UCAGAGCCUUAGGUGGUAGUGUUGCAGCUUCUUUGCAGUGUAUACCUACUAAUACCAUAAUGGAGCUUUUCAGGUGCCUGUUUAGUGUGGCUGUUGUUUUGGCUUUGGCUUGUGAUGUUACUGCUCAGCAUCCCUGGACUCUGCCGCUGCAGAAACACCAAACUACUCUUCCUCCUCAACCGAUGACGGUUCUGCCACCUACAGCUGCCUUUGAUAAAUGCCAGGUGGAGCAUGCUGACAAGAUCCAGUGCGGGACUCAAGACAUCGCUGCUGAGCAUUGUGAUAGCAUAAACUGCUGCUUUGAUGGCCGACAGUGCUACUAUGGGAAAGCAGUGACUGUGCAGUGUACCAGGGAUGGCCAGUUUGUAGUGGUUAUGUCUCGAGAUGCCACUAUGCCCAACAUAGAUUUGGAUUCAGUCAGCCUGCUGGAAUCUAACGACCCCUCGUGUAGCCCUGUGGGCGUCACUGCGGCCUUUGCCAUCUUCCAGUUUCCUGCGACUGCGUGUGGCACUACACUCAAGGAGGAACGGGGUUACGUGGUGUACGAGAACCACAUGUCUUCUUCAUAUGAAGUAGGAAUUGGACCCAGAGGCUCUAUCACCAGGGACAGCCAUUUUGAGUUAUUGUUUCAGUGUAGGUAUUCUGGCACAGCUGUAGAGUCUCUCGUCAUGGAGGUGAAUGCUGUUCCUCCACCAGUGGCUGUCGCUGCUACAGGUUCCUUCAGAGUGGAGCUCCGACUGGGCAAUGGUCUGUGUCACUCAAUGGGAUGUGUGGAAGAAGUGGCAAUGUAUAGCUCCUUCUACUCUCAAGCCGACUACCCAAUCACUAAAGUGCUGAGAGAACCAGUCUAUGUUCAGGUGAACAUCAUGGAGAGGUCUGACCCAAACCUUGUCCUGACCCUGGAGCACUGCUGGGCCACAUCCACCCCAAGCCCUCACAGUCAGCCUCAGUGGGACCUUCUGGUUGCUGGGUGUCCCUACCAUGACGACCGUUACUUGACCACACUGGUGUCUGUGGAUGCCUCCUCUGGACUUCAAUACCCAACGCACUACAAACGUUUCAUUGUCAAAAUGUUCACUUUUGUGGAUCAACACACCUUUUCUACUCUGAACGAUAUGGUCUUCAUCCAUUGCGCAACAGCUGUGUGCUAUCCCAGCAACACCAACUCCUGUGAACAGCAAUGCCAACGGCAACGAAGAGCUGUAGCUGCAGUGAGGAACGAUUCCUCAAGUCAGAGGGCUAUAAUCUCAAGCGGACAGGUGAUCCUGACUGAGCAGAUGACAUCCGCUCCCAACACCACAUCAAGGAGAUGAGUCUACUGGCAGCCCAAUCUGAAUUUUAAUAAAAGCUCAUGAUAACAA